UGCGCAUCUCACCAGAUCUCAUAUCAGUGCAGGACUCUGGUUUGAGUGUUUCCCUCUCUGAACAGAACAUCAUGACCUUCAUUGGGCACGUUCUUUUUUUCGUUGGACUUGUGUUUGUUGGUGUUUCUGGAAACAUAUUUAACCUGAUUUUUACUAUACAACAGCAAGUGAAGACCAGGACCAUUCAGACUGUGGGUUUGAUCCUAAACGUCAUCUCCAUCAGCAACAUUAUCUUAGUACUUGCCACCUUCUCAUUGGUGAUGGAUGUUUUUCAGAAUCCCCAAAUUUGGUGCGUCACACCAUAUCCUUUAUCUAUCCGCAUUGAAACAUAUCUAAUGAUGACUUGCAGCUUCAACAGCUUCUGGGCCAUUGCAUGGCUGAAUCUCUUCUACUGCAUCAAAGUCGUGAGUUUCUCCUCCGAGUGCUUCCAAACACUGAAGAAGAACAUCUCUCCUGUGAUCAACGCUGCAGUGCUGCUGAGCUGUUUGUUCUCAUCCUUGUUUUUCACUCCUAUGUUCUCACUUCACAUCGCGGAUUCAAUGGAUAAAAAUUACAACGUGAAUGACAACGCUAACAUGACCUGUCCGCAGCCCUCUUUUUCUUUACAGAUGGACGCAAAUGCAUACGCAGCUGCUAUCAUUUGUCUCCUCUGCCCGAUCCCUCUGAUGAUCAUGCUGCCGACCUCUAUCAGAAUGGUCGUCCAUCUGUGCGCCCACACACUGGCACUCCAGAAGAAUGAGACCCAGGUGAAGGGUUCUGACUCGUACCUCCUGGUGUGCAAACUCACCAUCUCCCUAGUGGGAGUUUAUCUGUCUACUCUGAGUAUUGUGUUUUUGUUCAUUAUUAUAAGAUUAAUAGGGCAAUUUAUCACCUACUACACUUUAGCCAGUGCCUUUAGUUUUUACGGCGGGAUGACUUCUUUACUUCUGACAGCUUCAAACAGGCAUCUAAAAGACAAGCUCUGGAGUCUGUUCUGUUGUAGGAAGGCGAAGGAACAAUCUAGCAAAAGCCAGACAGUUGAGACAGGGGAUGUUUAAUAUGAUAAGGGCUGCUUGCCAGGUGACCUGAUUUAUAGACAACUAGCACUUUUGUAAUAUUUUUCUGAUUUAGAUGAAUGCUGAAGUCACUUUGGAUAAAAGCAUAUUAUUAACUAUAUUAGCAUCAACACCAAUUCUGUUUAUUAUAAGCAGGCACUGCAGUUUUGUCAUCUGCCACUUUAAUGCUUACCCACUAGAUGAAUUCUGAUUGGUUGUCAAUGUUUUUAUCAUUCAUCAGCUGGAAAUUUUUUUUGAAAGUGAUUCCAAUGACAUUGUUCCUCUGUGUCAUUAUCAUUUUAGUUGUGGUGUGGACUCUGCUAUUCUUUUAAAUUUAGAACCAUUUAUAGAAAAAUAGACAACAAAAACUAGGCGUAUAUCUUUAUCGUUAUUGUUAUAUCAUCCUUGGUGUGAAUGGGCUUUAAUUCAUUUGAAUUUGUACAACCUCAUAAAAUAUUUACAUUUUCCCAUGAAACUGGGUUGUAAUAACUAGAAACAAGUUAGUAUUUAUAUUUAAUCUGUAAAUUGUUCUAGUGAUAUUGUGUAGAGUAAUGAAAUUGUUAUUUUUGUCUUGGUGAUUUAAAUGUAGUUGUGAAAAAUAUCAAUAAAAUUUUAUGGAUUAUUCAUAUGAAUACUGUUCCUGAACAGCGGAACAUGGCCAAACACUAUAUAUACAGACAUGUUUCACUCAUAUUACUCAUAUUUCACACAUACUGUACACUGUAAAAAAAAAAAAAUCGUAAAAAAAUGGUCAAUGACUGUCAGCUACGGCUGCCAAACAAAAACCUUAAAAUUAAAGUGAAAUAUUCUAAUUUAAAUAAAGUGUAAAAAACUUUAACAGAAAUUUUCAUUAAAAUUUUUCUACAGAAAAACAGUCAUUUUACAGGUAUUCCCUGUAUUAUUACAAUAAAACACCUUCACUGCAAAACAAUCUUAAAAAAAAAAAAAAAACAGUUAAACAGUCAAACAGUCAACUUUCAGCAACAGGCUGCCAAUCAAAGUCUGUAAAAUAAAUGUAAAAUAUUCUAAUUUAAAUAAAGCGCACAACACUGUUGUUUUAUACGUAUAUCCUGAAUUGUUACUAACAAAACACAUUCAUUGUAAAAAGUGAAUCUCUUGUAUUUAACCAGAAAAAGCACAAAUGAAUGAAUGAAUGAAUAAACGAAUAUAACUAUAUGUUACUGCCUCUGAAAAAAAGCAACAUGCAGUAUAAGAACAAUGUUUUCUGGCUCAUCCUGGACUUAAACACAGGCUCUACUCUCCAGCAAAUGGUGACUCACAAAACACACGAUAACAGAUCUCUCAAGAUCUCAGCAUCUUCAUAUAUUACAAUCCAGACUUUAUUUCAUAUUAAAGUUCUUAUUGAGAAUUAACAGAGGUUUAGAUGUUGAUGUUUUAUUGAAUAAAACAUUGACUCUUUAACAUUAGUAUUUCUCUGACUGCUUUAACUGUGUGUUUCUGAUCUGUGUUUUUUAUAGCAAAAAAAAUAAAAAUAAAAUAAAAUAAUAAAUAAAUAAAGCAAGAAAAACUUAGAUCAGAUGAUGCUGGUCACUUUUUAAGUGACGGUGUAGCCAUCAGAAAGUGAGUUGAUUCACUGAUACCAGAGUCCGGUCUCUGAUUAAAUUGUUUAACAUUUGUUGUAAUUUCACAUACUAAUCCUACUACAGUGCUGUAAUACUAUAAACAAUUUUAUUAAAUCAUUAUGCACAAAACGCUUUGUCAACAUCAUGCAGACUCACACAGACAUCAAGAAUCAGCUUAUGAAUCUCAACAAUGGUGACAAAAAAAAAAAAAAAAAUUCAGAUCAACUCACAAUGUCACAAAACAAACAAUUCAUAUGUUGAUUAUUGAUGUCUCCCAAAAAAAAAAGAAAGAAAAAAAAGGCUGAAAACAUUUCCUGCAUAAUGAUUUAAAAAUCAGAAAACCAGGUUAUCAUAAUAUGAUUCCACAAUAUCACAGUAACUCGUAUGAAACUAACAGUUAAUAUUCUCAGAAAUUUGACACUAUGUGAUAUCAGUGAAACAAGCCACUUCAUGAUAACUAUAUCAUCAGUAAGCAGCUAAAACCAUC